CAAGCGCUUUAGUGACGAAGAUAAUGUUGUAUUUUCAUUUUCAUGCAGAAGUCAAUACAGGAAUAUAUUUAGGCAUUCGUAAUUUCCAAGACGAUGCGUAAUUGAGGAUUUUCACUCGUAGACAUUGCAAAGACAAUGUCUGGGAGUUUACAAGACAGCUGCCAAUGGUUGUCUGUAACAGAAGAAACACUGUUUUUGCAUGAUGGGUUGAUAAGGGUGACGGAUUUGGUGGAACUUCCUCGAGAUGUCAACAAUUCUCACGAAGCGGAUAAUGAAGUUAUAAGCUUUGAUUUGAAAAACCCGAAAGAAUUAAGUAAUCGUCUUCUUGCAGUGUGUGGAACACAAAACAAUGCAUACUCAAAGCUAUUAGAAUAUCGUUUGAAUGCAUUAAGGGGAUAUUGGAAUGCUCAAAGACAAGUUGUCCUUGAUGAACAAAAUGAUAGAGAGGCCUCGAGCAAUGAAGAGACGCUUGCCAUACUUAAAAAACAAGGUUUAUACAAAGAACCAGAGCAGGCGUCCUUUUCUACAAGGAUCAGUGUGCUGCUUGUUUUACCAUUACUACAGUCUCAGAGCAGAAUAGACUCUAGUCUAUGUGGCGUUACAUCGGAACUCCUUUUGAAUUGCCUCAGAGACUGUGCCCCUCUUAGUCUAUCAAAGGAACCAGGAGAUUGUUUAAGAGGUCUGGAAAAUCUUCUUUGCAGUUGGCUUGGAGAGAAGACGAGUGAUGAAAAUGUGAGAGUUGUGGAGGACCCACAUCAGCGAGAAAUUAUUGCAUCAGCAUUAGUUGCAUUAGCAUGUGCAAGGGGACACUUGAAAAUAUUUAUUCAUGCUGUACACUUACUGCAAAAUCUUCAAAAUCUUGAAUCCCUUCAAGCCACUGAUGUUCUUGGAAAAUUACUGGAAACAGAGGGAGGGCAUGGCCAGCCCACCUCAGUAUUGGGAAGUAAGCAUAUAUUGUGUUGGGGCUUUGAAGACCUGCUAAGUAUACCAGAGAAAGAGAAUGCAACAGGUUCUUCAAAUGAGAAGGAGAAAGAGAAACCAGAAGCAGAGAUUGGUAGAAGUUUAGCAUGCGAUGGAGCUUUUCUUUUCACAACAAACUUCCAGGGCAGAGGUCUUGCAAAAAUUGGAUCAGGACUUCAUGGUACUCUGAGAGGAUACGUGUACAGCAGAAAUUUAGCGUUAGGACCUGGGAAGGUAGCCUAUGGCAAUGGACUUCUCAUCUUUAGACCUGCUUCAUUUGAUACUGACACAGAAAAUUCUAAUUUUUGUCACAUUUUAGACCCAAGUUCACUAAAGCCAGUUAAAACCUUACCUACACCGCAUGGUUUCAAAAGUGAAGGACCUCAAACAACGAUUGGAUUUUGUUCGGAUGGCUGUUUAUUCUUCUGGAUUUGGAUGCCUGUCAUUCCGGGUGACAAAAGUGCCAAAGGGAUUUCAGUGUACCUGGAAGUGUUUGAUGUUAACGAAGAGAAAGUUGUUAUUCCUGUACAGCCUCAGGUGACACUAGUGAAAAAAGAUGAAGUUGGUGCUAAAAGUUUGAAUGAAAGCUUUCUAUCCAAACUCCGUCCAUUUCGAGGCAGUACUUCAACAGCCACACUUGUAGCAUUAACAGGUGGGGAUCCAUUGUCCAGCAAAAAAGAGGAGCCAGCAUCGGGAACAGCAGGAAACACCUCGUGUUCCAUCUCACUGAAGAACUUGAUGAGGACGCCAGUGUUUUGUGAUGGCACUACUGUGGUGCUACUGACCAGUCCAGUAGGGUCCAGUACCAGCACGUCCACCACUCGGUCACUGUUUGGAGGAGGAAGCGGUCUCUCGGGACUCCGAUUACUUGCCAGUAACAUGUGUUUCACUGUGGAGACCGGACAGUUUAACACCAGGUCUGACCUCAGUGAUGCCCCAACAUGUGCACUAGGAAGAGGCGCGUCCCUGCAGGGACUCGGUGUUUGCUUUGAUGUGAGGAAUAAUAUGAUAUGGACCUGCAGCAGUGAUUGGGUGGACCAGUUCUUCAAUCCAGGUCACCAGUCUCCACAUCACAUCCACAAAAGGUUAAAGGUCACAGACCAAGUUGUUUUACCACAAGAGGGAACUGUCCCCACUGCCAUGGCAGUGAGAUGCAUUCUACAACAUGUAGGGAGUAUGUGUCUACACCAAAUCAACAAUGACCUACUGCACAGCCCCCUGGGUAACUGCCUCCUACAACAGCACUCUGUGGACCUUGUGCAACUCCGACGAAUCUACGACAUCCUGCAAAAAGCAAUGGUAGUGCAGGACUCCCAAACCAUCAUCUGUACUCUUGUCAUUAUGCAGUUGUUACUAAAGAUCAGCCUGUUUAAACUAGAGAGACCUGCAGAGAUCCAAAUUCUAAAGGAAACAAGGGAACUUUUAUGGAAGUUGUUAACCAGUGACUCUACAGAGGUCAAGGACACACAGAUUUAUGAGGAAAUUUGUCAUGUGAUCACAGUAGGAAUAUCAAUUCUCUAUCCAUCAAUCAGUGACAAAAACCAGUUGUUACAAACUCUACUGUAUGAUGGCAGAAACAAUGAAGCUCUACAGAAGUUAAGGGACCUUAUUCUAGUGGACUUUGCUGAUAAACUCCGAGCACAAGCUGUGGAAAAGGAAGAGACAAAAUAUCUAAGGUUAUCUGAUGGCUUGGUGUAUCACAUUCUCAAAAUCACGGUACAAGAAUCAAGUAAGCUCCUCAGUGAUGCUGCUAACUUGAGCAAAACCCACUUUGAACAGAUGCUGUCCUCUGUACCGAUUGCCUCCCCUUGUUUACGUUACAUGAUGGCCUUGCAAUCUCAUCUUCUGAGGGAGGCUGUCUUGUAUAGACAGAAUGCAGAAAAUUCAUCAGAAGAGCAGGAUAAAACCAUGCAGGAACUGAUGACGGCCAUUGUCCAGUUAGCAUCAAGAAUUUUCUCUGGGUCUUGUGAAGUAUUGGAAGUUCUUCUCACAACCUGCAAUUCUGUCAUCCAUAAGUUCAAAGAAGAAAGGGAGGCUAGACUCCAGGGCCUUGAACGUAUUGCAAAGGCCACCAUUCUUGGACAUUUAUUACCAGUUUUAUUGACUGCCCUGAACCAUGUAAAUCUGCAUUGUCUCCCCUUGGCUGAUGAAUUGAUGCCCAAACUUGUGAACCUUGUCCUGCUUUCAAGUCAGGCUGCUCUGCUCCUGAAGAGUCAAGUGGAGGCUGUGAUGCAGGAUGACCUAGAUUCUGAUACAGACACACAUGUGAUGGAACUUAUGGCACCGACUGUAGACAUUGAUGACAUAUCAAGUGAGGAUACUGAGGAACAGGGCUUUUUAGCGGGAUUAAAAAUCCCAGCUCCCUGGUCUUCAGGGAAGACUGUGGAGAGCAUACAUCCUGUGAGGGACAACUACAGGUUUAAGGAGACGGUUCAUAUUCCCGGGGCUCGGUGUCUGUACCUGAGAUUCGAUCCGAGGAGUUCCUCCCAGUAUGACUAUGACAAGCUAGUGAUUUAUGCUGGACCAACCACAAACUCGAGGAAAGUUCUGGAAUAUGGAGGAAACACCUUUGGAUUUGGGAGUAGAAGUGUCCUUGGGUCAGGCUGGCCUAAAGACUUGGUCAAGGUUGAUGGAGACACUGUGACAUUCUCCUUUGAGAUGAGAAGUGGGCGGGAACACAACACACCGGACAAGGCCAUGUGGGGGUUCUUAGUGACCGUCCGAGCUCAGGAAUCCACAGAAGAGGUGUCCAGUGGGCUUCCUUUCCUGGCUGAUUUGGCCCUAGGUUUGUCUGUCCUAGCCUGCACCAUGUUACACCUGUUGUACAAAGGCCCUGAAACAUCCAAAGAAGAAGUCAGCUGCCAGCAUCUUCUCAAGUCCAAGCUUUUACAAAGGUGUGUGUGGCAGUCCGGUUCCGAUCCUAGGGUUCUCCUAGAUAGUUCCUCCCCCACGGAAGACACUGCUGACACCUCACUGGCCAGAAUCCGACUCUCAGCCGAAAUUCUACAGCACCUCAGAAAAAUGUGCAGGAGGCAAGCCAUUCAGCUUAGGCCUAGCAUCAGGGAUGUGGUUAACCCGGAGGAUUUGGAGGAGAGAAUUGUGUCGGCAGUGCUGAAGCACUUGUCCCUUCAGGAGACAGUAUUCAAACUUCCAAAGGCCGAGAACCAGCAAACGGAGGAGUUUGUGUUAUUGAGGACAGUUAUACAGGAGGUGUAUGCCAAAAUCGACGGCCUGCUCAGACAGCUGCAGAGCCUCGCAGAACUAGAGCAGAGAUGGCACAAUGAAGUGAGGGACCACAAUGAAGGAAACACCACUGUCCCCCCCUUCUUUUCUGAUUUCCAUCUUCAAGAGACAAAAGGAAAGGAGCUUGCCAUGUUAUGCUUUGUGAAGGAUGUUUCCAUAGAAAUGGCCAGCGAGAGGGCAGUUAAAGUGUUACGAGAGAAAUUUGACAAUGAUGUUGGGGAUGAAACUUUCACCUCAGUGAAACCAGUGAUGCCUCGGACACAGCACAUCAUGAGGGGCCUCAGAGCUCGAUUGGACCUACUGUUGCAGGUUACCAUAGCACCAGGGGAGGGGAUCCAUGUAGCACGGUCAAUUUCAAAUAACCCAGAAAAUGUGCUUGGAGUGAUGGUGAGGUCUGACACAGACGUUUUGUCGCAGAUGAGUAGAAGUAUCUCGGCACCCAAUGGAGUGGAGUGUUUUCAAGAUGACUCUGUAUUAGAGAUCAAUAUAAAGCAGAGAAAAAGGAAGAGCCAUCGGAGGACUCCGUCCAGUGUACUGCAGGAUUUGGUGGACGGAGAAGGACGAGACAAGCCUCCUCAUACAAUCCUGAUCGACCAGUUGUUUUCCUUUAUUGGUAGCAGUCCUGAAAAAGCUAUCUCACCUAAGGAUUUCUUAGCAGCAGCAGCAACACGGUUAAAGAGGGGAAACACUCGUAAACAAGCAUUAAUACACAUGAAGGAACUGUUGACUGCAGCCACUAAAGUGGGCGGGGCCACACAUCUGGUGGCGGCAGUAACUUCUGUCCUGCAGUCUGGCCCCGGUGUUGAUGAACUGACAUGUGGAGGGAUGGUGCCUCAAGUGAGGGAAGCUUUCGCUGAGACAAUGACGGCCGUUGUCCAGUUGGCUGCUAAGUACCCGAUAGCCUGCUCCAACAGCAUCGGACUUUUGUGUACCAUACCCUAUACUAGGGCAGAGGAGAAGUGCCUCGUGAGGUCAGGUUUGGUACAUCUUCUUGACAAGUUGUGCAGUCUGGCUAACCUGAGGUCCGACACAUCAGACACCCAGUCUGUCAAUCAAAAAGUCUCCGCUAUGGCCUGGGCAGGGUUUCAGGUCCUGGCCAAUCGAUGUGUCAUGUGGGAAACGGAGGAUGGAAGUGGGAUAGAGGAGCUGGAACACUCUGGCCUCGCUCGUCAGGUGUCGACUCUGUUGACCAAUCAUCUUGCUCGAGCCACAGAGUGUAUUGGUAAUGAGGCUGCAGGCACAGAGGCACUACAGGAUGUACUGAGUCUGUUAAACACCCUGGCUCGGAGUCGUAUGGGGAGGGCUAUCCUCAGCCAGCCAGCCUGUGUAUCUAAGCUCUUGUCACUGUUACUGGACCAGAGGCCUUCUCCUAAACUAGUCCUGAUCAUCCUCCAGCUAUGUCGAGUGGCCCUACCCCUAAUGAACACUGCAGACUGUGAACUGGUGGAACUCCCAGUUUGGGGGCAACAUCUCACCACGACUCACUGGAACACCUCCGAACCCAUCACGGAUCCACCCGCCAAAAUCGUCAGCCUCCUUCUUGCCAAGCUUGGAGACUUUCUCGUGCCUGGUGAUUAUGCCACGUUGGUAAGCCGCCGUCCCUCUAUGGACUUGGCACAAGGCAAAUCUCAGUCAUCCGACAAGGAUAAAUCCGAGGAAUCCGACAUCCAGGCUGGGAAACUGUCUGUGUUCAUUCACAAGAGAGAGGAUCAGUUAUCUCAUGAAGUCAUCCAGCCUCUACUGGGGUCUGACAACAGACCUUUUCGAAUUGGAGGUGGUGCGAACAUGGAAAGGGUGGUUCGCAUGGACAGAGAAAUGACAAAGCUUGGUAAAGCAGAAGUUACCACAGAAGAUGCUAUAUCAGCUUUAAAGAAGGCAGCUAAAUGGGCACAGAUGGGUCUUGUGGUGUCCACCGGCCCGCCCGUGGAAGGUGGACAGGCAGACACGCCCACUGGGGACAAGAAGAAACAACCAGUGGAUGUAGUGUGCAGGGAGAAGAACACGGAAUUAGCAAGGACUGACCCAAUUAGACCAUUCAUAAGUGGACAUGUGGCAAACAAUAUGGCUACUGAAGUGAUAUCCCUUCUUCAUGGCUUGCUUAGUGCCCCGGAAACUCACACCACUCAGUCAUGGCCUCAGGCUGUUCAACGGGUGCUACACAACUCCCUGUCCUGCCUGCCCCUCCUGCUGGCCUCACUGGACACCCUCUCUUCACCCCGCUGUAACAGCAGACAGCUCAUGUCCAUGUCCAAGAUGGCUAACGCUGCCCUGUGUGCUCUGGGUGGAUUCACAGAGGUGAUCAAGCCAGGAUGUGAAGUCAAGAUGCUAGGUCCAGGAAUAGAUGAUAGUUCUGGGACUGUCGUCAGUGUAUCAGAACAGACAGGAAUGGCCACCGUUCAGCUAGAUCAUGAAACAGAGGAGGACAGACAUCCACGCUUCAGUGACACAGUUCAGGUCCCCAUAAACAGAAUUAUCCCUGUUAGGAAUGAGAUCUAUAAAUCCACAAACGUCCCAGUGACCGAGUCCUUAGUCAUGGCCAUCAAAGCCAUCCUACUACCACAGGAUGAUGGCACUUGUCCGCUCCAACAAAUUCUGCCUGUUGCUGGGGACGGAAGCAGCCUGAACAAUCAGGUGUGUCGUGUGGUGGCCGAGCUCGAGACUCGUGCAUGCAUUGUGCUUGCUCAAUAUCUACAUGACAUCGAGUUUACAAAGGAGUUCAUUCAGCACUGUGGGUCGACUAUUGACAUUCUGAAGUCGCUUGCAAAGGACUGUAAUUCAGGAGACCGGCUGUCUGUGGUGGAAGGCCAGUGUUCCAGACUGAGGCUGUUGUACCGAGACUGUGCCAAACCGCCCCCUCCACCCAGCAAGCUUGACUGUCGUGCUAACCAGGAGAUGGUGCUGGAUGCCAAUCGGUCCUUUCCCCCUGUUAGGGCCUCCGUGUUCUCCCAGGCUAUGACAGGAGUUACCUUCCUUGGCGAUCCUAGUACAGGAAGUGGACUACCCAGGGGCACAAUGAUCUAUGCCAACCAGCCUAUUCCACAACAAGCCCCUGCAUUUUACUGGGAGUUGGAGAUCUGUUCAUUUGGAGACAGCCAGGAGGAAAGUGGGGCCGUCAUCUCAUUCGGUUUCGCCCCUUCAGCUGACAAGAAAGAUGGGGCCUGGACCAAUCCAGUAGGAACCUGCCUGUGUUUGAAUAAUGGUAAGGCUGUCCACUACAAUGGUGCUAGUCUUCUCCAGUGGAGAAGUGUAAGACUGGAUGUCACUCUGAAUGCUGGGGACAUUGCUGGUAUUGGGUGGGAGAGGACCGGAGAAUCCCCAGUCCAGGGACAGACCCCCAAGGGUAGAGUCUACUUCACUUACAAUGGGCGUCGCCUCAAUGCCUACAUGGACGACGUGUCUGGUGGAAUGUAUCCUGUUGUUCACAUUCAGAAGAAGAAUACUAGAAUCCGAGCAAACUUUGGGACACGGCCAUUUGCAUUUGCUGAGGGACAGCAACACAAAGAAGCAGCUGAUGCUGCCAAUGACUUGACAAGAGAGAUUCGUGAGAGCUUCUGUCACCUGCCAUUCCACCCCCAGUCAGACAGCGAGAAUGAAGGCAGCUCACAGCAAAGUCCUGAUGCAAGCAUUAUAGAUGAAAUCAAAACCCAAAAAGGACCACCAUGUAAAACUGCUAUCAUACCCAAACCACAAAAUGUAUACAACCCAGAGGAAUGUCUUGCCUUCAAACUCUUCAGUUGCUAUGACAACUUUGUGACUACCGGUCCAGACCAGCGUGGUCCUGUCAUACAGGACGAUGAGUCAGAUGACGAGACAGUAGAGGACGAUGGUGGAUCCGAGGACCAUUAUGCUCUCCUCGUCAAGGCCUGGGAACAGAAAGUUUUCCCUAUCAUCAGGCGAAGGUUCAGAAAUGAAGCGGAGAGAAAGGACGGAUUGGAACAGAUCAGAGGAGCUCUACAAUUAGGCAUGACCGAUAUUGCCCGGCAGACUGUGGAGUUUUUAUACGAGGAAAAUGGUGGUAUUCCCAGAGACCUUCAUCUGCCCACCAUAGAGAAUAUAAAGGAGGACCUUGCCAAGUUUACAAUAGAGAGAGUGAGGAAGGGAACCACCGUGGUGAUCAGGAACACCGCAGAAACCUCCACUGCAGGCACCACAGUGCUGCCCAAGUUUGCCGUCCGUAGCAUGCUGAAGACGUUUGGUCUGACUGGAAAUGUACUAGACGUUGACAAUUCCAAUGAAAUUGUACAAGUGGAGGUUUACUUGAGAAGCGAGGGUGUCCUUGUGCGGUUCUGGUACCCCAUAGAGAUGUUAGAAAGGCCCCCCCAGGGACUGAGGAAAUCCAGCAUUACAGGGGGACAGAUACUGGACACAUCAAAUAUCUUCAUUCACAGAGAGCUGCUAAAUUGUGAGUCAGUGUUGGCAAAAAUGUACUGUAGAACAGCCCUUCUGAAACUGAUUGACCACUGCAAUUCCCCAGCCAUGGACAUUGUAUCGUGCUCCGCCAGUCUGGGCUCUGGUAUGGCCGCUAGUGCCGCUCUACUCCAGCAGUUAGACAUCGAGAACCUUCAGCUAUUAUCCAAUGAACUUCUGUGUCCUCCGCAGGCCCAUGGUACUGUCAUGGCAACAUCCCUAACAACAGCUUCUUCAUUAAAGCAGUGCUUAGCCAAUCAUAUGUGUUCUCUUACAAAGAUAUUGUACAAAGAUGAAGACAAAUUAAAAAGGGAGCUGGCAGUAGCAAUCGCAAGAGCGGCCAAUCAGGGGGAAGAUUACCUGAUUGAAUUGACAACUCAAAUCUGUCUAUGCUUUCAGACUGCUCCUGAAAUGUUCCCUUAUGAAGAAUUUGCAGUGACAGAGGUCAAGGUGAACACAGACCUCCACUUCCCAGGAGCAGGAUGUCUUGUAGUGUCCUGUAAAACUGAUCCUAAAGCUACAAAGAAAGAUACUUCCCUUUACAAGUCUCCUUGGGCCAGGGUGUUUUCCUAUUCUGGACAAAGAGUGAAGAAGACUGGCAAUGCUGCUAAACUUGAGGUUAUUUCUUACCCCCGAGACACCACCUCCACCAGCAACCAGAAUGAACAGUACACACCCGUUAUCAUCCCCACAGACAGGGUCCACGUCCGUCUGGGUGUUUCCCCACCCCCAGGGAUCAUCUUGACCAUCCAUGCACUACCCCCACAGUUUCUGUUGGCAGUGGCAUACAUAGAGACACUUAUAAAUGAGAAGUAUGGCUGUGGGACUAAGAGCUGUGGCUCCAGAGAAAGUUCGAAGAUGACUGACAGCCAUCUGACAUUCCAAAAUCAAGACUGCCAUGACAGCCUGUGGAGCGUGGAUAAUAUUGUCAUCACUCCUCCGGUGUUCAGACACAUGAUUGAACUUCUCUGCAGACACCUAUGGAUGACAAACACACCGGCCAUCAUCAAGGAGUACCUGUUCCACCUGUUGGCUCAGUCUCUAAGAAUCCUACACUACAGUGAGGGAUGUAACAGCAGUAAGCUCCCCACUCUCAAUCCUCACCUCAACCCCUCCACGGGACUACUGGUGCAGCUUCAGAUUGAGCUUCGCAGGCUGUAUGAGGAGGAAACAAAAGGGUGGCCAUCAGGGACUUUAGUGAGUGGGACAGGCAUUGGGAUAGGUUUCUCAGACAAAGGUAGAUUUUCCACAUACUUUCAUGCUUUGAUGGAGGUCAACUUAGCUGUGGCAGAGUUGCGAUAUGAGGACUACUUCAAACCUCCUCCCAGUCUCACUGCUCCGUCCUCCUUCCCAUCAUCUGCCCUGGAAACUGCAUCUUCAUCUACUCAUCCACUAAGCAGUCCCACAUCAUCUGCCAAGAGGAAGAAGCUGAAAGCGAAGAGAGAUAAAGAGAGAGGUGGGGCCGUGCCUAAGCGAUCCACUGCCUCUCAGCGAACCAGUGAGAGUGAUUCUUCUGUGUCUGUUAGCUCAGCAUCGUCUGCUGAUGUAACGCCGUCUUCAUCGUCUGCUUCAGCAGCAUCUGCUUCUCCUUCCACAUCAGGGACGUCCAUUGUUACAGGAGGUAGUGAGCCGGGGAAGGGAGAUCCUGGUGGAACAAACGUAAAGAUGGAGGACAUUUUGUGGCUACACAGAGCUGUAACUGUCUCCAAAAUUCUCAGAUGCCUGGGAUUUAAGGAGAAACAUGGCAAACGUUUUCUCAAUGAUGCUGUGUCUGACGCAGCGAAGACAUUGACUACGCCCUCGAUGGCAAGCCGCAUGUUGGUGAUAACAGGAAUUCCUCCCGACUUGUCACCUGAUACCGUUAAACAGGCAAUCAGAGCCUCUUGUAAUGCUAAUGGUGGUCUUGACAGAGAUGAGAUCUUUUUACCAGAACUAGAUGUACCUUCAGAUACUCCUGAGGUACCAUCAGUCCUUCCUGAUUUUCCACAACCAUCCACUCAACAAGUGGAGGAAGCACCUGCAGCAGCAGACAACAAGGAUAAACAAGAAGAAACAUCCAUCAAACACAUCAAAGGUUAUGCUGUGAUAAAUGUUGUGGCCAAAGCUAAGCUAGAGAAUGUUAAAAAGGCUCUGUUUAGAAAUAAGGUCCUUGUGAGCAGCUUGACCAAAGAUCAGGAGGAGGCUGGCGACGUGCCAGAAGAAAUGCUAUCCAUCACCACUGUGCUGCCGACAUUGAUAGGUGAACCUCAUGCAAAUAUAGCCAUUGAAGAGUACCUCCAACAUAAAUUCUUCACUGAUGGACAUCAAAAAGAAAUGUCGGAUUCUGCCACAGUGGCUUUUACUGAAAUCUUUCACAGCUGUUUCAUCAUGGAGCACAAACAAGGAGGCAGUGAAUUUCGACACGAGUCAGGAUUUAUCUGUUUAGGCAAGGACCAGAUCUUGCAGAAUGUACAAGAGAAUUUACUGUGUGUAUUCCUGAACAAUAUUAGACCUCCAAAGAAAUCCCUGACUGAACAAACCAUGCACAUUCUCAGACGUUACGGGAUGUUGAAAUCUCCAGACAAAGAAAUGUCACCAAGUGCUGAUAAACCUGGGAGAGGAAAACCCUCCAAAAAAUCUCCAAGGGGUUCCAAGGAGAAGGUUGUCUUGGGAGUUGUAGAGAAGGUUAAUCAUAAAGACAGAAAGUCAAAGGGAAAAGAUUUUCCAGAAAAGAGUUCCAAAGAAGGUGCCACUCCAGACCCUGUGUCAACCAAAGGAGUCAAACAUUCGUGGAUGUCAGAGGAGGCAAGGUACCUAACUUUGGAUGGCUUCCUUCAGUACGUUCUGGAUUCAGCUAAACAAGACAUCCGAGGGGUGUGGAGGGCAAUUGCGGCUUGUGGAUUUGACAUCCACUUUGAAAGGUGUGCAUGUUUAGAUGCAAGCCAGGCUUUCCAGAUGGCCGGUCAGUGGAUCGAAGAGAUGGACUCGGCCCUAGUCCUACACAUCAACUCCCUCUCCAGGAAGCUGUCUGUAGCCACAGCAUUGUUACAUCCCCAUGAAAUCCACAUCUCAGAGGAAGUCCUGACCAAUGAAAUGUUCACUUGUUUACAAGGCAUUCCCUUGGAAAGCAUUCGGUUGAGGUUUGCGUUACUGCAGUCCCUGAACAAUACUCUGGAAACAUUCUUUUUGCCCCUGGUGGAUCUCCGUGCCACACCUACUUAUAACAGAAGCUCAGCAGCUCUCCUGUCACAGCUGAGGGGGCUGAUAUUUUAUGACACCAAGGUGAACCUAAUGAACCGCAUUCUGAAUGCAACAGAACAGAGAAAAUCCGACCAGGCAGCUCCAGAAAUCACCCUGGACCCUCUAGAGACAAUCCUGAGAGAAGAAAAGAAUUCCCAGGCGACGUGGUUGUGCCAGGCGUACAGGCAGCUUGUGACGAUUCCAUCUCGACAGUUCUGUGUGCGUCUGGCCAGUGGGGGGGAUCCCACUUAUGCCUUCAAUGUCCGUCUGACAGGGGAGGAGGUCCAUGGCACAAGUGGUUCCUUCCGACAGUUUUUGUGGCAAGCUGCCAAAGAGAUAAGCGGUCCGUUACUUCGUUUGCUGAUUCCUUGCAAUAACUCUGACAACAAGGGUCGCUACAUCUUUAGACCCGGCCCCAUGUCCUACUCAGAGGAAAGACUUCUACAGUUCUUCGGCCAGAUGCUGGGCAUUACAAUGCGGGCAGACAUUCCACUGGGAAUGGACAUGCUGUCCUGUUUCUGGAAGCUGAUAGUGGGGACAGAACUGGACCCAGUCCAGGAUCUGAAGGAGGCUGACCAACUGACCUACAACUAUAUCAAGAAAAUUGAAAUGGUGGAGACAGAGUCUGAGCUGCAGGCCCUGUGUUCCGGGGUCUUCUCCAGAUUUAUCUAUUCUUCUUUGGCUGGGGAAGAGGUGGAGCUCAUCAACAAAGGCGGAACAGUCCACGUCUGCUGGGAGAAUAGACAGGAGUAUGUGGAUGCGAUCAGACGACUGAGAUUUCACGAACUGUUGUGCCAGGACCGAGUGAGGGCGGUCCACUGCGGGCUAGCAUCAGUUAUCCCCCUUCAGUUGAUGGCCAUCAUGUCCCCUCUGGACUUGGAGAUAAGAACAUGUGGAUUACCGGUGGUUGAUCUGGACUUUCUGAAGGCCCACACCAUGUACCAGGUUGGUCUGAUGGACACUGACCAACACAUCCAGUUUUUCUGGAACACCCUGAGUGGACUCAGUCAAGAAGACCUAGGAAAGUUUAUCAAAUUUGCUUGUAACCAGGAGAGGAUACCCCAAUCCUGUCCCUGUAGGAACGGUAACGCGGAUUCCAUGCAUGUUCCGCCCUAUCCUAUGAAGAUAGCGCCUCCUGAUGGGCUAGGUCAGCCAGAUUCCCGUUACAUUCGAGUGGAGACCUGUAUGUUUAUGAUCAAGCUACCACAGUACUCAAGCCAGGAGGUGAUGACUCAGAGACUCAUGUAUGCCAUCAACUGCCGAGAGGACCCACUGAGUGGAUAGAUCCUCCCCUCGUAAUCAUGGAUCACACUCGAAAAACUCUAGGCAAAUCCACACUUCAUCAUCUUGAAUCCAAUUUAGAAACAUUUGCUUAUAUGUAUAUCCUGUAUUCAACACGAUAUGUAAUUCAGUAACUAUAAAAUUGACUUAUAGACACUAGUUUGUUACUUUAUGUGGUGUGUUUUAUUGUUAGUGGCUGUGUUUGUUGUUUGAAUUCGACACUCCUGCACCGGUGUACUAGAUAACCAAGUACUGGUGUAAGCACGUUAAUAUGCUUCAUUCGUAUCGAUGUGUGCAGUACUUUGUCAUGUUAUAAGAGGGUAUGACUCUUGUGCAUUGUUUUAAUCUCAAAGGUAUAACUAUGUGAAGCACAUUUAGAGAAUCUGUAACAUGCAUUUAAUAUUUGUUAGUCAGUGUGAACAGUAAGAAUUUUCGUAGAUUUAUGUGAAAAUGAAUAGUAUGAGGUAUUGUUUAGUACGGUGUGUGAAGGUAUCUGACAUUUGAAGUCUUGUCAAGUUUUUGCAGAUGUGAAAAUAUGAAUGUUUUUACAUGAACACAUAUAUCUGUAUUUUGAAUUUUUGUUUUCGAUGACAAAGAGAUGCUGUUACAUUUGUGUGUUGGGUAUGGAUUCAGAACAUUUCAAGACCGAGUAUAUUUUUAGUUUUGCUGUGGGAAGGAGAUGCUGUAAUAAAUGAAUAUUGUAUGCUGGGAUACAGAACAUAUUCCAUGCAAUAUAAUCGCCUACAAUGGUGUAUUUGAGGGGAUUGUUAGACAAUCUUUGUUGUUUGCCAUAUUAAUCAAUUUUAGAAGGUUAUCAAAGUUGCCAUAAUAUUCUUUCUCACCUACCACUCAGUUCAAGUCUGAAAUAUAUAUCUUGUGUCAUUAUGAGAUAAAAUAUUCAUAUGGUACAACUGGUGAAUAUUAAAGAAGUUAUUAAGAUUGUUUACCUUCAUUUCGAAACUUGCACAUUGAGAGGAAUUUUAAGUAUUCAGACUUUGUAGUGAUGAUUGUUUUCCAUAUGUUCUUGAGCACCAUUUGCUUUUCUAUACAUGUAGUAAGGUCCCAAUGUAAUAGCAAUUUAAUGUACAUAGAAAGUACUAGUAUUUUAUCUGUAUAUAUUAGACCACAUAAAAUGUGUAAGUUUUUAUUUAUUUAAUUUUUUUUUUGAUUGUUUUAAAGUACAUAAAUUAAAGUUUAAUAUGUGUAAAA